AUGUCUCUGAGGAUUAAAUUAGUGGUUGAUAAGUUUGUGGAAGAGCUUAAGCAAGCACUUGAUGCUGAUAUACAAGAUCGGAUUAUGAAAGAGAGGGAGAUGCAGAGUUAUAUCGAAGAACGAGAGCGCGAAGUCGCUGAACGAGAAGCCGCUUGGAAAGCCGAGCUAUCUCGUCGCGAGACGGAGAUCGCUAGACAGGAAGCGAGGUUGAAGAUGGAGAGGGAGAAUCUGGAGAAGGAGAAGAGUGUUCUCAUGGGGACUGCAUCGAACCAGGAUAAUCAAGAUGGAGCUUUGGAAAUUACUGUGAGUGGUGAGAAAUAUCGGUGUCUUAGAUUCUCUAAGGCCAAGAAAUGA